GUUUUAUAGAGUUAAGAAUUACCUGUACAACUUUUGGAACAUUCUUGAUGUCACAUCAUACAUACUGACAGUAACUGCUAUCUUAAUUCGCUUCUUUAAGCCAACCACCACACAUAAUCUAACCAGACGAUUUUAUAGUCUCAGUCUGUUUACAAUGUACAUGAGAUUUCUUCAUAUCAUAUUGGUAGAACGAAAACUAGGACCAAAAAUUAUCAUGAUCAAGGAAAUGGUGAAAGAACUGCUUAGAUUUAUAGGAAUUCUGUUGGUAUUUAUGAUGGGAGUCGGUGUACUUUAUCAUGCAAACAUGUAUCCAAAGCACGAGGAUAUGUGGAAUCCAGCUGGAUGGACAUACUGGAGAAUUUGGAAAAUCAUGUAUAUGCCUUACUGGCAAAUAUAUGGAUUCAAUUUUUUGGAUUCUUUUGAUGCUAACAGUACAACACCAUGUACCACUAUACAGAGCGAAUGGGAGAGUAACCCAGACAUAGAACGGUGUAAUCGGUAUGACUGGGUACUCAUUGUGAUUGCUGCUUUUUAUAUGUUGAUUUCGAAUCUUCUUCUCGUCAACCUUGUGAUUGCUCUAUUCAGCUUUAAGUUUAGACGAGUUCAAGAAAACUCCGGGAAAUUAUGGCGUUACUUGAGAUAUGAAGUGAUAAUGGACUAUCGUACAAUAAUACCUGCACCGUUAAAUCUAGUUAUCAGACCAAUUUUGUUAUGCAUGUCAAUUUAUCGUAAAUUGAGGAAAUGCAGGGAUGGGAAUGAUGUUUCUAAUCAGGAAACCGAUCAAAAAAAGAAGGAACGAAAGAAUAAAAAGAAGAAAAUAAAAACACUUCAGUCAGUUCAUGCAGUAAAUUGUGUAUUAGAAUUAUGAAUGACUUUAAGCAGG